AUGGAUUCAAAGCUGAAGUCAGUUCGUGCUGGACACAAAGGAGCCGUCACGAAGCUACUUGUGAAAUUCGACGAGUUAAAGUCAAAAACAGACACAGAAGUUGACGAAGUGAAAGCCCUUGAUGAUGCCGUCACGCAGAAACAGAAAACAUUGAUUGACCUGAAUAACAGACUUUUGGAACAGACAUCGGAGGAAAAUCUGGAGCAGGAAAUCACCGACUCAGAUGAGUAUAUGUACGAACUUGAUUGUAAAAUUAGACAAAUUCGGAAAUUUAUUAAGUCCUUUGAAACAAGUACUAUAAUUUCGCAUGAUAUUGUUGGUCCUUCAACGAGCAGACUUAACCCAGACGCAUAUAAUUUCACACCCGAAGCUAGAGUUGAUAUGAACACAUGUGCAAUAGAUUCUAUCAACCAGCAGUAUUCAAUGCACGCCCCUGCAGUUCAUACCCGUCCGUCGGAGAAUGUCAUGUUUCAAGUCCCGUCAGAACCGAGAUCUUCAAAAUCUAAUUACCAUAGGCUUCCAAAGUUAGACUUACCCUAUUUUAAUGGAGAUAUUCUCAAGUGGCAGACAUUUUGGGAUUGUUUCGAGUCAUCCAUACACUUCAACGACACUUUAACGCCAAUUCAAAAGAUUAAUUAUCUGAAAGCCCAGCUAGAGGGAAGCGCCGCGCAAACAGUAGAGGGAUUCGCUUUGACAAAUGGUAACUACGAAACCGCAGUCAACCUUCUCAGAGAUCGGUUCGGACAACCUAGCAAACUGAUACAUGCUUACAUGAAAGCACUCAUGAAUUUACCCGCACCGACAAAUGAUGCUUUUAGUUUAAGGUCUUACGGAGACAGAUUAGAAUCAUACGUACGAGGAUUAGAGUCACUUGGUCAAACGUCAGAGAUGUAUGGUUCGCUUUUGGUACCUGUAGUUUUGGACAAGUUACCGAUUGACGUAAGAAAAUCUAUUGCAAGAGAACACGGGAGAGAUAAUUUGAUGUUGCAAAAUCUACGAAAAUCAAUAACUAAAGAGGUUGAAAUACUUGAGGCAGGACAGGGAGUCAUGGAACCGGACAGAUUACACACCACAGCAUUUUUCACAGGAACACAACCAAGAUCACACAAUAAAGGUAAAUUAACUGACACACGGAAGAAGGUAAAUACGCAUACAUGUAUUUUUUGUUCAGGUCAGCACUAUCCAACGGAGUGCUCUGAAGUAACAGACGCAAACGCUAGAAAUCAAAUAGUAAAACAGAAACAGCUAUGUUUUAACUGUUUAGGGUCACACCGGGUGGCCGCAUGUAAGUCUACAAAACGGUGUAAAAAUUGUAAUGGAAUGCAUCAUACAAGCAUAUGUAAAGGGAAAGAGGUCAUUACAGAUACGAAGCAGGAGCCGAAAAUACAGCAGACAGCUAUCAACGUGGUUGAAACAUCAGACACAACUAGUGUAUUGCAUGCAUCACAAGUAAGUCCCGACAUUCUCCUAAAAACAGCAACUGCACCAGUUAUAUAUAACGACGUAAAAACAGAAUGUAACAUCUUAUUUUACGAAGGAGCGCAACGUUUCUUUAUCACUCAGAAAUUAGCCGAUAAACUUGAAAUUAAAACAACGGGGAAAGUCAGCAUUCAACUGUCUGCGUUCGGAGAUUUAUCUCAGAAAGUUCGUAACUUGGAAACUGCAACAAUACAAUUACAGACCGACACGGGAGAAAAUGUGCGUAUAAACACACUCAUUGUGCCGGAAAUUGCCGUCCCGAUUCAUAACAGUAUUUCACAUACUACAAAGAGCUUACCACAUUUGAGAGGACUUAAACUUGCACAUUCUGUACACAGUGGAGAGCGUUUUGAGAUCGAUCUACUAAUAGGCGCGGAUUAUUACUGGGAAAUUAUUGAGGACAAAAUCAUAAGAGGAAAAGGACCCACCGCUGUACAGUCAAAGAUAGGAUAUCUGUUAUCAGGACCAACUAUUGGAAAUAUCAGCCAGCAUUCAAGAUCUACAGUUCUUUUAAACGUCAUUUCAUCCCAUCAAUUGGAGGACACAGAGAUUGAAAAGUUUUGGACACUUGAGUCAAUAGGAAUCAAUACAUGUGAAAACAAGGAGAACACCAACUAUUUACAGACAUACCAGAAUACAGCUAUUGAUUACGAGAAUGGAAAAUACACAGCAAAGUUGCCUUGGAAAGUUGACCACCCAGAUUUGCCUUCAAAUAUGGCCAUUGCUAAAGGUAGGACCGAGAAUAUAAUUAGACGUCUAAACCGGGAACCGCACUUGCUACAAAAAUACAGUGAAAUAAUCAAUGAACAAGAAAAGAGAGGAUUUAUAGAGAGGGUUUCAGAUACGGAAGAUGAUAACAACAAUCAUAUGAUUCACUACAUUCCUCACCAUCCUGUUAAAAAAGAUUCCGAGACUACCCCUAUUCGUAUAGUGUACGACUGUAGUUGUAAACCACAGCAAGAUUUAGCCAGCUUAAAUCAUUGCUUAAUGUCAACACCACCAAAUCUAAAUGACUUGACGAAAAUAUUAAUGCGAUUCAGAAUCGGAAAAUAUGGUAUCAGUACAGAUAUUGAAAAGGCAUUUUUACAGAUAGGACUUGAGAAGAAGGAUCGUGACGCUACACGUUUCUUUUGGCUAGCUGACCCCGACGACCCACGAAGCAAUCUUACAACUUACAGGUUUAAAUCGAUAUUGUUUGGCGCAACAUGCUCACCAUUUAUUUUAAAUGCCACUCUACUUAAGCACUUGGACGAAAAUGAAAAUAGUAUAACACAAACGAUGAAAAGGGACUUAUAUGUAGACAAUAUUCUGUCAAGCGUUGAGACUUAUGACGAAGCCAUUGCAUAUUUCAAGGAUGCGAGAAAUGUCAUGUCAAAGGGAGGAUUCAAUUUGCGAUCUUGGAGCUCAAACUGCAUUAAUGUAACAGAUAUUAAGGAACCAAACAUAACAAAACGUGAAAUACUGAGUCAAUCAUCUCGAAUCUACGAUCCUAUGGGAUUACUUUCGCCAGUGUCCGUUAGGGCCAAAAUCUUAAUGCAAGACCUCUGGAAAUACAAACUUGAGUGGGUUGAACCACUACCGUUAAACGUACAACAACAGUGGAUGGAAUUAGCUAAAGACUUAGAAUUUUCAACAAACACAGAGUUACCGAGACAGAUUUUAGCUAAGAGUACAGAUGAACCAAAACAGUUACAUGUUUUCGUUGAUGCCAGCCAAAAAGCCUACGGAUCAGCUGUUUAUAUUACAAAUGGACAGCAGUCAACAUUAGUAUUUGCUAAGAGCCGUGUUGCACCUAUAAAGACGUUGACAUUACCACAAUUAGAACUAAUGGCCGCUGUGAUAGGAGCUAGAAUUGCAACACACGUAAAAUCAGCUUUAUCAAUAAACAAAGUCACGUAUUGGUCGGACAGUCAAAUAGUUUUACACUGGUUAACAACGACUAAACAUUUGAAAAAAUUCCUUCACAACAGAAUUACAGAAAUUAAAUCUUUAACACAGGAUUCAGAGUGGAAAUAUUGUCCAACGAAUGACAACCCUGCAGACCUAUUGACAAGAGGGAUCAGCGCUUCACAACUAGCAGAUGCUAAACUGUGGUUUAAUGGACCUGAAUGGAUCAAUUGUUCAAAAUCUUGGCCGCAGUGGACACCUAACACAUGCAUUUUUUUAACGAAUAUAGAUCAAGAGGAAAACGUUACAAAUACAAUUGAAGGGAAUAAUACACAUGGCAUUCAUUGCAUACUGGAUAUUAUGAGAUACAGUACAUUAACAAAGAUACUACGUGUUAGUUCGUGGAUUUACCGAUUCAUAGCGAAUUGCUGCAAAUCACGCUCACAGAGAAUACAGAGCAAAUUCAUCACAUGCGAGGAACUACAAGCUGCAACAGAAAAAUGGAUAAUAAGUGCUCAGAGGAUUUCAUUUGAUAAAGAAAUCAGGACUUUGAAGUCGCAAUCGAACACACCCAAUACUUUAAUUCGACAAUUACGACUAUAUAUAGUCUCGAUAACCCAGACGCAUAUAUAUAUAGCGUCUGGGGUGAUUAACCGGACUGGUCAGAUAUUUAUAGGGGGCGUAACAAAUAAUUAUAUAUAG